ACACCAGACACGGAACAGAGUACACCGCAACUCCACAACACACACACUCUCUCUCUUCUGCUUUGAUCCCCACAUUUGCUCCCUCUGAGAUGUCGUCGACGGCGUACUCGCGGCCGUCGAAGCUCCCGGGCGGGGCCGGCGAGCGGAGGCUGCCGCCGCGGCAGCUUCACCGGCAAGAUCGAGCCCAAGAAGCUCGGCCUCGCGCUCCUCACCUACGUCUCCCUCGCCAAGCUCUUCACCAUCUACUCGCGUGUAUUCGGUACGUACCCCGAUCCAAUCAAGCAUUCGACUAUCUUUCCUUUCUGAUCUAGCUUAAUUUGGUGCGUAUCGGGACGUAUCCUUCCACUCCACGAAUACGAGAUCGAGAUCGAGCCGGGGGCUUCGUUGCGUCAAAGUAACGCCACCGAUUCGAUUUCCAAUUGAUUUGAACCGACCCGAAUUUGGACGGGUUUCGUUGCGUGCAAGUAAAGCAACCAAUUCGAUUUCGAUUCCAAUUCCAAUUCAGAUGUCCAUAUAUUCUCAGAAUUCCGGGAUCCAGAUCCACGAUUCCCUGAGCAACACAGCGAACGAAAACUCCCCGCGCGCGAGCGAAAACGCACAGCUUUCCUCGAGCCGCCGCCGCCCGCCGCCGUUCGCAAAGCCGCCGCCCGCCGCCAUGCCGAGUCGUCGCCGCCGCAACCGCAAGCGCCUCCUCACCUGCGUCGGCGCAGCUUCGGUGGGCGCGCUGCUCUUUUUCGGCGCCCACUCCUCGCACAUCGGCCUCGGCGGCGGUACUUGGCCGCAGCAGCAGGACCAGCUCUUCCGGUCGGCGGGGCCACCGCCGCCGGAAACCCUAAUGUCGAUGCCGCGCCAGACGUCAGAGGCCGAUCUGUCCUUCGCGCGGCGCCUGUUGCCCAACCGCCACCACUCCCCGCCGCAACUCCGGGAGGAUGCCGUCCUCCUCCCGGACCGGGAGGUUCUCGUCCUGUCCGCUGACCCUGCCGUGGGGAACGCCAUGUGCGUCUUCCAGGGUGGGGCGUCCUCCCCGGCGCGCGCGCUGGGGAGGCUGCCGGGGCCCGGGCGCCACGCCUACCUCUGCCCCCUGCCCGGCUCAGAGCAGCCGCUCCAACCACCACCCCUGCUGCUUUCAUCUUCCUCUUACUCCUCCUCGGCUGCUCCCCCUGCCACUGCCCCUGCCCCUGCCGCGGAUUUCCACAAGUUGCUCAAUUGGAACGACAGUCUCGUGUUUGAUUCCGCCCCUCUCCCCGGAGGCGAUCUUCUCCUCUUCGCCAAGGGCACCAACAGCCGCCAAGGGGUCAUCAAGACUGCCACUUCCAACAUCCAGUGCAUCUACAGCAGAGACUCCGAUGGCACGGUGGCCUCCUCCCCCGCCACCACUUCAGCCCAGCAGGUGAUCAGGUGCCCCCCUCCACCGGCUCCUUUAAGUUCCAGCAACCUCCAUGUCACCGUAGCCCUCAACGGCCAGGAGCCUUUACCCUCACUUGCCACCUACGAUCCACAAAACACUGCCUUGCCUGUGACACGUGAAAGGAAAUCGAUCUGUGCCUGCACCAUGGUUCGAAAUGUCGCCAAGUUUCUGCCUGAGUGGGUGAGGUACCAUGCAGCAGUGGGUGUUGAGAAGUUCUUCCUAUACGACAAUGCAAGCGAGGAUGACCUAGCAGGGCAGGUCUCUAGUUUGAACUCUGCUGGCAUUGAUGCCUCCACCGUGGCCUGGCCCUGGACCAAAACGCAGGAAGCAGGGCUUUCUCAUUGCGCAGCCACGAAUCAACCUUCCUGCGAAUGGAUGGCAUUCAUGGACGUUGAUGAAUUCAUUUUUUCACCAAACUGGAACGAGGUCGAGAAGCCUUCGAAAUCGUUGCUUGACUCGGUUGUUUCCGUUGAUCCGGAGGUUGGCCAAAUAUUCCUCCCCUGCUACGAUUUUGGUCCCUCUGGCCAAACAGCACAUCCGCAGGAAGGGGUGUGCCAAGGCUACACCUGCCGGCUGACGAGAGCUGAGCGUCACAAAUCAUUGGUCCGCCUUGAUGCGGUGGCAGAUUCGCUUGCAAAUUCUGUACACCAUUUUACACUAAAGCCUGGUUUCCAGAAAAUGUGGACUACUUUGGCUCGCAUAAACCACUAUAAGUAUCAAGCUUGGACAGAAUUCAAAUCGAAGUUCAAACGACGCGUGUCAGCAUACGUGGCAGAUUGGACAGAUCCCAUUAACCUGCAAUCCCAUGACCGGGCCCCCGGGCUGGGAGUUGAUCCUGUUGAACCAGUUGGCUGGGCGGAGAGCUUUUGUGAGCUUAAGGAUUAUACUAUGAAGAAGCUAAGUGAGAAGUGGUUCGGAAUUGGGUCUGGAGGCCACGGAGCAAUAACAGAGUUCAACUCUAACGGUGACAUUGCUCCCUCCCCCUCUCUUACAUAGCUUAUUUAGUAAUAUAAAAUAACUAAAGCUACUAGUAUAAAAAAUAGUCAACUUGCCAAAAAAAAAUAAAAAAUAUAGCCCUUAACUUGAUUAGUAUACACAUUUUUACAAAGAAUCAAGGCAUGCCAUUUUUACUGUUUAUGCCUGCAUAUUACAAAUGUCAUUACUAACAUCAGUAUGUUUUCCUUGCAGUUUUCUCAGCUAUUCACUGUCAGACAGUAAUCUGCACUAGUUUAGGAUUUCUGGCCAAUGAUGAUAUAUUCUGGUUACCUAUUGGUUUUAUUGUUUUUUGCCAUGCUCCUUUUGCUGAAAGUGUAAAAUCCACAAGGCAGACACAUCAGGAAUUUGUUUCUCUUUCGACUUUACUUGGUUCAAAUGAUUAAAAGCAAUCAAACUGAGGCGGAUCAAAAUUUUGCAUGGUCUCUUCGGUGCAGAUGAUAUAUAUGAAUUAAUCUAAGGCCUUCUUUUUUCCUGGAUGUUCUUUUCUGGUGCAAAGGAUGUGCAUAAGUCCAUCUGAAACUCAUCGACUGGUUGAGCCUUGUGCAGCAUAAAAUCUGAGGCCAGAUGUAGCUUAGCUCCUUUUUGUUUCACUUUUGUUGUUUGGGGUUUCAGUGCUUGGUUCUCUAGCUUUUCUUUUGACUGCAUGGUAGUUUCUGGUUUUGCAUGAGGUUAUUAUUGUUUUUUACAGGUUAUUGGCAUGCUUCUGUUUGGUUGGCGUCACCUGUUCUUCUGGGUGCAGUUGUAGUUUGGUGGGUGUCGGUGGCUGCUGCUGCCGAAUACCGGUAUUUUGGUGAGCUAUUUCUUGUUCUAGAUGUCUUGGUUGUUCUUCAAUAUUUUAUGAUUGGAGUUUUUUGCGGUUUCUGAUGGAUUACAAUUUUCCCCCGAGGUCCCACCAUCCAAGGAGCUCCAGGCGCGUGCUAAAAGGACCUCGCCAUUGCUCGUCUUUCCUGAUUGCCUGGCAGGAUAUGUAGCUACCUUUUCUUCGGCAACAUGGCAUGGACUGCAGGGAUCUUCUCUGGUUGUUUGGUUAGUUUUAUUUCUUGGUUGUUUGUGAUUGGGAGGAACUGCUAUUGUCAGAGAGAGAGGUGUCACCAGUCACCCCCUGCGUUUCUUUGUUCAGCCCUCAGUACACAGGCAAAACUCGGUUAUUGUGGAUCCUAACCUUGGGCUAACCUCUCUCCUACUCUUGCUCCUUAUUGAUUCAUGGCAAGUCUCUUGAAACAUGAUGAUAUUGAUUCUUGUGAACCCUAAUGGUGGCUUCUUGUCUGGCUAUUAUAUCUGUAGCAGGAACCUGAAGAACUAGUUGAGGCAAUCUCACACAAGCAUCACUAUCUUCUGUUGGCCAUGAUUGGCUUGGUGGCGGGGGAGGUUAUGUUCUCAGUGGCUGGUAGAGCUUCAUGAAGCAUAAAAUCUGAGGCGUCUUAGCUCUGAUUAAUUCAUGAAUUUAUCAGUGGAUUAGGGAUAUGAAGUUACCUAGUAACAUACUUUUAGAUUCAGACCUCAAUGCCAUGGUAAUGGUAUGACUAUAUUUUAAUUAUAGUCAGUAAGAAUAGUACUGUUGACCAUAACUCGUAUACCACUUGAAGAAAAAGAAAAAGAAAAAGAAAACAGUUCAUGUAUCAUUUAUUGGUGUGCAGAUUUUCGGAUUUUGGCCUUGCAGUUAUAGGUGUAAAUCACAGCAAAGGUAAUCUGAAGCUUCCCUGAACUUUGGGCUAUCUUGCUCCUCAGUACUUAUCAUAUGGUCUGUCCUUCUUUUCUUCUUGUUCUUCAUCUGCAAUCUACUUUCUACUGUAAACGUUGAUGAUGUCCUAUUUUGUUACGUGCAACUAUAUUCAAUACAGGGAAGUUGAUUGAGAAGAGCGAUUUAUAUGUAUGUGCUGGGUGUAGUGCUUCUGGAGCUUUUAUUGCGAAGGAGGCCAAUUGAGAAGAUGGCACCAUCUCAAUGCCAAUCAAUUGUUGCAUGGGUAUUCUAAAAAUUAGCUAGAACUGGUCCAGUUAAGCAGUGUUCACUUUCAGCAUGCAUAGAUUAUUUCUGAUUUCACCACCUGAAUCUGGGCAAUUUGCAUUUGCCCAUUCCAUUAGCAUAUGACACAUUUGAUAUCAAAUGCAGGCCAUGCCUAAGCUAAUUGACAGAUCAAAGCUCCCAACCAUACAUAAUUGACCCUGUGAUGAAGAACAGGAUGGACCUGAAGCACUUGUACCAAGUACUACUCACAAUCAACAUUAGCUCAUAAUUGAUAUGUCAAGCUGGCUUCUUGGAGUAGCACAUUGCUUCCUGUCGAAUACUUGUCCCUCCGCAGCUGCAGCUGGUGGUCACAUGUCUUCAUGGCCUGAGGUUGCUCCCAGUGGCGGACGCCUCAGAGGGGCUUGCUACCGGUGCGAGGGUCGUUCGAUUUGCUGUUGCUAUGAUGCUAUCAAUGGCGCUAGGCUGUUAGGGUUCUUGUGCUAGUUCAGUGUAGUAGUGUUGUUUUUUUCUCUUUUGAUUGCUUGAUCUUUGUUCUGCUUUGUAAGAGGACUUCCUCAACACCUUGUAUCGUCUGACCGAGCUGGCUUUAUUAAUUUAAAGCUGGGCUGCAAAGCCUUCUAUCUAAAAUAACAGAUGUACUCCA